UACGUUAUAUAUAUGACAAUAUAUUGGUUUAAUAAAAUGUCCAUAUCGUUGUUUAAAUAUUCUAAGAGAUUGAACAUUGCUAAAAGAUAUAAUUUCUGUAACUUAAAAAAAAUAAAUGAGUUUUUAAAACAGACUUCCUUCAGUGUGAGUACAUUCACGUGUUUAAUUUCUCUCAGUUCAAUUGUUGAAGCUUUUUUCAGCUCGAGAAGUGCUCCGCACAAGUUUACCUAAAAUUGUUUUGAUAUUUGAAAUAUCUGUCUGAAUGUUUGUUAUAGAUUCGGCGGCUCAAUAAGACUUCUUCGGCACAAAGAAUCACCUAACACCAGGAGUAUUGCGGUGGAUAUAGAUUGUAAUGGAACUGAGAAAACAUUAGGGGACUGCAUCUACAAGAGCACGAAAGAGAGUCAAAAACUAAAGAUGGUUUUAAUUUGCUUCCAAUCAAACAUCAGAGAUGCUGGAUCAUUUAAAUAUAUCACACGUUCGUCUGUAUUACCAUCAACGGAAAAUCUGAUAUCACCGCAAAAAAAGGAGUUUUUAUGGGUAAAAUUUUGGCGCACGUGGUCUCCGGUCGGUAAGAAAUGCAACAGCAAUGGACACGCAUGGAUUGAAAAAGAAUCAAAAGUUGCAUGCCGCUCAAUGUUUCCAGAUAAGUCAAAUAUAAAACCGAAACACGAUUUCAAAAACAUGGACUUUUCUGGGAAUUUCGUGGUAUUCGAUUGCCAAGGGGACGAGCCUCAUCUACUUAACUGCAAACAUCGAAUUUGUAAAGACGUAACAGACAACAACGUCAGACUUCAAUGUAAAUCCGAAAUGUAGUCGGAAAUGCUUACAUUGGAAAUCUAAGCAACUCCCUUUUUUCACUC